AAGAAUUACACAAGGACUUUCUAGUCUCUCUACUUGCAAGGAAGAUGGCUCAAGUGAAGCGAGAUGACAUCGUGUCAUUGUGGACUCAAGGUUUCCAGGCUCUGAAAGACAAGAGUUCCUGCGCUGCCAUUCUCUCGGCAAAGGAACUCUCAAUAGUUUGGGGUUCAGACUCUCGCUACUGGAAAUGGGUUUCAAAGACCAGCCCAAUCAACUGCGAGGCUCUCGAUGUUGCUGAACUGGUUAAAGUAUGCUGGCUACAAGUCAAUGGAAAGUACAGCGUCAACAACCUCACUAAAGGAGUGAAAUACGGAGUGUAUUUGGUCGUGGAGCUUAACAACAGCCUUAGUAUCAACGGUCCUGUGACCCUUACGCUUACUAGUCCUGACGGGUGCACUGUAGAGCAACACGAUGAUUUGCAUACCAAGCCGAAAAAUACAUGGGUGGGACUUAAGGUGGGUGAAUUCACCAACCCGGCCUGCGGCUGUGAGAAAACCGUCAAGUUCUCGAUGAAUGGAUGUGAUGGAACCUCCUGGAAGACUGGCCUUACUGUCAUUGGUGCUGUCAUUGCCCCAGUUAUCUGCUAAACAUGAAUCUGAUAAUCAUCAUGUACUAAAUAAUUUCUAAUUUCCAACAUCACUUAUCUGGUGUGGCUGAUGUGGAAUGUGUGAAAUAAUCGCCAAUAUGUUGGUGUUUUAAUGAAUAAUAAGUUAAAGUAAGGAGUGUUCCUUCAAUUUUA